ACUCUUCCGAGUCCCCGAAAACUCACUUGAUACCCAACCGCUGCCACUGUACUGGUAAUGGCGACUGUCACGCAUUACAUCUACUCGCACUAUGAUCCUAAACAACGCGAUGAGCUUGAAAGGGCUACUGGGCAAGUCCCAGAGCCCUUAGAGCCGGAGGAGGAUCCAUGGCAGACCGAGUCGGCAUUCGGUGUACAACGCCGCAUCGCAGCUGCACCACACUUUGUGCCAGCGAUCGUCUCCUACGAUGAGAUCAACAAUAUGAUGGGAACGUCCCAGAUAAUCCCUACGGCCGUGGAGGAGAAGCCGAACGUUGAAGUGAGCAGCUGGUAUAGGUCGCUGACCCGGUUCAGCAGUGCUCCCGUUGAAGACGACAAGAAGCCCAUCGCUUCGACCUCCACCACGCCCGCGGGUCCUUCCAUCCCAAAUCCCUCUACAUUCGUACCGUCUGCCCACCCAAAGCCUGUGAAGCCUACCAAGAACGACUGGUUCAUCACCCGUGCGUUGCGCUCAGAACCACCGACCGGUCGUUCGACUCCCUCCACUCUCGCAGACAUUCUCUCCAGAGAUCCACCACCAGACACAUCUGGCAAGCCAUUCACGCCGCCUGUGUUUCUCCAUCUUGGCCCUUCAAACAGAGGUUACACGAUGUUGGAGAGGAGUGGUUGGAACGAGGGCGAGCCGUUGGGCGCCGGUGUGGUGAGGCGACCGCGAGAAUCAGACGAGGAUUCCCCGCCAAGGAGAGCUAAGCAGGGCAAGGGGAAAGCGGUCGUGAAGAAGGAACAGCGCGAGGUGAAGUGGGAUCCAGACGGAGACAUUAGCGAAAUCCGCAAGGUGGACGUCAUCGACCUCACUCUCUCAGAUCCAGAGGAUGAGCCCGAGGAUAUCAAGGACGAAGCUGACGAGGUCGACCUGCGACGUCUCUCCACGUCCUCCCUCGCGGAAACGGACCUACCCUCAUCUCAUAACCCGAAAGCACUACUUACGCCACUCCCGACUGUCCUGAAGUCGGACCGCCUCGGGAUCGGAUUGAAGGCGAAGACGGUUGGGCCUCACAAAGUGUCCAAGAAACGAAUCACCCACAACCAAGCUGCGCUCGCCCAACAUAUCCGGGAGACUGAGGAGCUGCGUCGGAUGAAGGCUCUAGUGGGACGGGGGUCAAGGGGACUGGCUCGCCUGGCAAAGGCAGAGACGGAGAGUAGACGAAGGCUGUUGGCCAGCCUCAAUGACAGCUGAUGCUACCGGUACGCCUGGGCUGCUACCAAACUCUCUUGUAUAGAUUUGACACUUCAUAUCUCGCCGCCUUACGCCGUCGAGUACUGACAGCGUCGUAUCAAAGAUGAGAUCCAUGGCCACAUCUUAGUUCUCGUAAACCUGAAGCCUCCCGAUGCUUGCAAUGGAACUCCAUGUGUUCAUCGUGAAGAGCGACAACACUGCCAUUAGUAGUGCCUCUGACGCCUCUGACAGCGACACGACGGGAAUUUGGCAUAAGUACUCCGAUACAAACAGACUUCCGCACGCAAUGCGGCGACUUGCGCCUU